GGACCCCUGUGUCCAGAAACCGACGUUUGUUGGUCUCAUGAUAAAGAAGAUAUUGCUAAUAAAUAGUAAUGCAGUGUAAUUUAAAAAAUGAUGUAUAUUUAACAGAACGUGUAUUCAACAGUCUUCUGACAAUAUUUAAAUUAUUAAGUCAUAAUGGAACGUUUUAACAACAUGAAGUUCUCGAAAUGCUCCCAUAAUUAUUUAAUUUUCAAAUCGAGAAAGCUGUGUGUGCUACUCUCCCUUUACCAGUUCAAUUGAAAAAAUCAAACCGAAAACGAAGAUGUUUUGAAAAAUUUGAAGUUUGAUUAUUUUGUUCAACUGAGAACUUUGUUGGGAACUGGCAUGAUAAAUGGCGAAAUUAUGUACUGGAGCAUUGGCGUAUAAAGCUUUAAAUGGCUUGGUUUGUGUUUACAAACCACCAUGUGUCACCAUUAAACAAGUGCAGCAUACAAUUAUAACUCAUUUAUGUAGAGACUUGAAUGCAUUACCAAAUGGUCCUCAAGAGAAAAGAGUGGAGAUUAUAGGGGCCACAAACGAACCGAUGAGUGUGUGUUUGGUGCCUAACUAUGCAGACAACCCUCUAGCCUGUGGUCCUAGGUUCAUAAACGAAGACUUUCGCUGCAGCUGGGCUACUCAUUUAGGGUUCUUCAGCAGUGGAGUUCUGUUGUUAGGCAUUAAUGAAGGUACAAAACUGACCUAUCUGUUGAACACAGCAAGACUCCCAAGAGCAUACAAACUUCAUGGGCAACUUGGUAAAGCUACUGACACAUAUUUUUGGAAUGGCAAGACUGUUGAACGUUCUAUGCACAAACACGUUAGUCGAGAGAAGAUAGACAGAGUAGUUGCCCAUAUGCAGGCAGCACACCAAAAAGCUAUGUAUGAGUUAUCGGGUGUACACAUGGAUUCUCAGACAAUGUAUGAUCUAGCAGUAGAAGGACCAAUCAGACCGGCUAACUCCAAAAUUCCAGUUCUCUAUGGCAUCAAAUGUGUCCAUUUUGAUUCACCUAAUUUUACUUUAGAGAUACAUGCUGUCAAUGAAUAUGAAAAAUACCUGUGGACUCUAGUUCAUGACCUUGGAGUACAACUAAAGACAUCUGCUCACUGUACCGGAGUACAAUGCAUAAGGCAAGGAAAAUUCGAUCUUGAAUAUGCAUUAUUGAGGAAGCAUUGGAAAUUAGAAUAUAUUGUUGAUAAUAUGAACAGAUGUCGAAAGGUCCUAGAGGAGAAUGAAAACCUAAUGAGACCUAUUUCAGCAGUGUUGAGCAUUUAGAUGGUCCUUAAUGAAGGAAAGGUAUUUGGUAAUUAUAGUUUGGCUGUGUCCAUUGUGUCAAUAAUUUUUUUAAGGACAGUCCACUCUAACUUGAGCAUUAACCAAAGCAUGGACAUUACAACUGAUAUGCCACAAACUAUCUUAAGACAUGAAGUUAAAGUGUUAAUUUAAAUGAACAAUGUAUAUAAUUGAUUACAUUUACAUAAAACAAAAUCAAAAAGCAUUUUACCACAUUGAGAGCUGUAGUUCUUGAAUCAUGCAAGAUUAUUACUUCUUUGUAGAAUUAAUUCACAAACUAAUCAGAGACCUAAGUAGGUAAACCACUGUACAUUUGUAAAUAAAUUUCUAAGUUAAUGAAAA